GGUUGAUCAGAAUGGCAAACUUUAAGGGCCAUGCUCUUCCAGGCAGUUUCUUUUUACUCUUUGGCCUCUGGUGGCCAGCGAAGUUUGCAUUGAAACACUACAGCAUGAAACGGAACAAAAAGGGACGGGCACACCGGAGCUUUGACCAUCUGGAGAUCAUCGAAGGAGCUGUCAAAGUCAUCUUUGCAGUGAUAGGGAUCCUUGGCGAGCAGUUUGUUCCAGACGGUCCCCACUUGUACCUCUACACCAGAGAGCCAUGGAGUUGGGUGAAGAUGAUGAACUGGCAGCAUUGCACCAUGUACCUGUUCUUUGGCCUGUCGGGAGUUGUGGAUGUCCUCACUUAUUGCCCAGCCGGGCUGCCUCUAGGGCUGGAUCGGCUCAUGCUGGCUAUUGCCUUCUUUGUCCAAGGUGUCCUCCUCUACUUCCACGUCCAGAACCGGCCAAUGCUGGACCAACACAUCCAUGCUCUGCUGUUGAUUGCUAUCUUUGCUACCAGCGCAAGUAUUCUGUUGGAAAUCUUCCUGCGAGAUAACGUUAUCCUGGAGCUCUUCCGUGCCACCCUCUGCUUUGUGCAAGGAACCUGGUUUUGGCAGAUUGGCUUUGUGUUGUAUCCACCAUUUGGAGGACCAACCUGGGAUGAGGCUGAUCACGAAAACAUGAUGUUCAUCACCAUGUGCUUCUGCUGGCACAUUGCCAUAGCUAUCUCCAUGGUGACUGUCAUUUAUACUCUGGUCCAAUGCUUUGUCCAGAGAUGUAGAACAAGCAAUAGACGAAUACAGAUCCGGCUCAGCCUCCAGAAACAGAAGAACGCAAAAGACAGCUGCGCUUUCCUCUUAAACGCCUCUGAUGAAGAAUGAGUGAAGAUGCCGGCCUGCAUUGGUCUUGUUAUGCUUCAUCAAA